GUUGGAAGUAGUGCUUUCCGAAGCGCUCAAAGCGCGUAAAUUUUUUCAACUGGAUCGCUGUUCCCAUGACGCCUCUGCAUCGAAAUGGAAAGGCCGACGUGGAAAUCGCAGAGGCUAGAAGAAGAUUGAGUAGCCGUCCUCAGGCUAUGCCAUUGGUACAACUAUAUGUCAUCAAACAACUCAACCACACGGAGAUCUCUAAAUCCUUGCAACAUUGCAAGCCCUGGGAAUGAGCGCGGCCUCAAUGUACCCUGUACCGGAAUCCUAUCGUGAUUGCUCAGUAGGCCCUGAUAUGCAUCGCUAGUUCGACGAGAAAAGAGUGCACUAUGACUACGCUCGGUGUUAGGCUUCUUAGCCUAGGAGCCAAGAUAUGAACUACCGAUACCGAUAAAUGCUCGUCCGAUGUUGUUUAUAUAUCAAAUUCAUGGUCUGUAUUCAAAGAAGGUAUUCGACGACUAUUUCGCUGUCAUUAUAGCUUGAGAUGGGUGAAUACACCAACCGCAGAACUAUAUCCGAUCAGGAGUAUCAAGUGCUCGUUAACGACUUUAAUGACACGGACGAUGCUUCUUUACUUGGUGGACGGUUGGAUCAGCUGUUUGAAAGUACAGCUACAAGAUUCCUACACAAUACUGCUGUGAUCCACGACACAGUGGGAAUAUCUUAUCAGACCUUGAAUUCCCGUGCCAACCGAUUUGCGCGAUGUCUCUCCAAACGCGGUGUACAGACUGGCGAUAUUGUUGGCCUGGCAGUUUCGCGCUCCAUUGAUCUUGUGGUGGUCAUCCUCGCUGUACUGAAAUUAGGGGGAAGUUACGUUCCUAUCGAUCCUGCGUUGCCCACGAAGCGAAUCAAUCAAAUGGUCGAAGAUGCUGGUCUCGUACUCAUUAUUCUAAGCUACAGGCCAGCUCCUGGUUUCGCAGAUCACACAGACAUAAGCCUGACUACCGACGAAAUAAUCGAUCCUCUAAUUAUCGAUGAUACCAAUCUGGAGAGCCCAAUACAAUGCCGAGAUGUGGCCUAUAUAUUUUAUACUUCCGGCUCUACAGGACGUCCGAAAGGUGUCGAAAUUAGCCACGAAGCCGCUUCGAACUACUUAGGUCCCCUCCAGAAAUACAAACCUGGCUGUAAUGAACAUGAUCGAUUACUCGCUAUCACCACCAUAUCUUUCGAUAUGUCAGCUCUAGAGCUAUUACUACCCUUGUUAUCAGGUGCUACUAUGAUCAUGGCUAACAUGAGCGCGGCCAGAGAUCCACGUGAGAUGAUGAGCUUGAUAAAGGACCAUCAUAUCACUAUAAUGCAAGCGACUCCUGCCACCUGGACCAUGCUCCUGGAAUCUGGAUGGACAAGAACACCUCGCCUCUCAAAGAUCAUUUGUGGAGGUGAACCCCUUCCCCGCCAAUUAGCAGACCGGCUUCUAGGACUGGCUGAUCAUGUUUUCAAUGUCUGGGGUCCAUGUGAGAUUGGAUACGGCAGUGUCGGGGAGGUUGGCGAAGGGGACAUUGUGAUCGGGCAUCCGGUCGCAAAUGGGAAGAUCUACGUUCUUGACGACAGAAUGUGUCCUGUGCCGAUGGAAUGUGAAGGAGAAGCAUACGUUGGUGGUGGCAGCGUGUCAAAUGGCUAUCGAAACAAUCCAGAGCUCACAAGCACUCGAUUUCUCGAAAAUCCUUUCCACGGGGGACCGUUUUUUCGGACAGGUGAUCUGGCUCGCUUCAAUAGUCAUGGGGAACUCCAAAUUAUCGGCCGUAUGGACGGGGUGAUCAAAAUUCGGGGUCAUCGUAUCGACGUUGGCGACGUUGAAGCUGCACUUACCGCCCAUGUGAUGGUUUCUCAAGCUGUUGUCGCUGGCCAUGAUGACCGCCUUGUGGCAUACUGCGUGCUUGCAAAACCUAUGCACGUCAAAGAACCUCUUGAUACUAUUUUACGCCCGUGGGUCAUUGAACACCUACCUGUCUAUAUGAUACCCGACUUCUUCAUACAACUAGAUUCUAUACCUCUCUCUCCCAACGCAAAGAUCGAUCGAAAAGCCCUCCCUGACCCGAUCAACCACUUGGGUCUAACACCAUAUGACGGUGUAUCGAAACCCGUUUCAGACAUGGAAAGCACACUUACAACUAUCUGGGCCGAGGUUCUUGGCUAUAACAGCUUUAGUACGGAAGUGAGUUUCUUUGAUAUCGGGGGUAACUCUGUCCGUCUCGUUCGUGUGCGGAACAUGUUGGAAACCCAACUUUCGCGACAGAUACCCAUUGCAAAGCUAUUUGAGCAUUUCACCAUCAAGUCAUUAGCUACGUACCUCACUAGGGUAGAGGUAACUGAACCCAGCCAACAAUCAUGUGUUUACGAGCUCCGUUCUACUCAUGCUACACAAGAUCUUGCUGUUAUAUCCAUGGCAUGUCGGCUGCCUGGAGGGGUGGACACCCCAGAAGACUUUUGGCAGCUGUUAGAAAGCGGCCAUGAUGCUAUCACUGAAAGCCAAUGUGAUCCCGGCGACUGCAACUCGUAUUGUUACAUGGGCGGCUUUCUUGAAUCUAUCAACUCGCAUGAUCCAGCCUUCUUUGGAAUCUCUCCACUUGAGUCACAAGCUAUGGAUCCAACGCAGCAUCUGGCAUUAGAGCUAGGAUGGGAAAGCUUCGAGAGAGCUGGAUAUACUAAGAAACGCCUUGUCGGAAGUUCCACGGGUGUAUUCAUCGGUGCUAGCAACAGUGCGGUGACAGUUGCAUCACCUCCAGACCUCCAGGGCCACUCUAUCACAGGUUCGGCCUAUGCUAACCUAGCAGGUCGAUUAUCAUUUACUCUAGGACUGCGUGGGCCGUCUCUUACAGUUGAUACCGCUUGCUCCUCUUCUUUAGUGGCUACACAUCUUGCAUGUAAUGCUUUGCGCCAGGGCGAGUGUGACAUGGCACUGGCUGGAGGUGUUAGUUUACUUCCGACUCCAGGAAUCCAGAUCGAGUUCACUAAGUUGGGUGGCUUGUCUCCCGAUGGUCGCUGCAGGGCCUUCUCAGAGGAUGCCAACGGUACCGUGUUCAGUGAAGGUGCUGUUGUCAUAGUGUUGAAACGCCUUUCUGAUGCCCAACGUGAUGGAGACGAGAUCCAUGCCAUAGUGCGAGGGAGUGCUGUGAUGCACGGGGGCUCAAGCGCUAGUUCGACUACUCCCAGUGGGCCAGGACAGGUUUCACUUAUACAGACAGCGUUGGCUAGAGCAAAAUUGGAUAGUAGUGAGAUCGACUACAUUGAGGCUCAUGGUACUGCAACGAAGCUUGGAGAUCCAAUUGAAGCUGCUGCCCUUGGUGAAGUUUUUGGACCAUCCCGCUCUGCCUCCAGGGCUCUCAAAGUCGGUACCUGUAAGUCAGUUUUGGGCCACACACAAGCUGCUGCAGGUCUCGCUGGAUUGCUGAAGGUGAUUCUGGCAAUGCAACACAAUAUUCUACCCAAAACAUUGCAUGUGAACGAACCUACCACAGCAGUGGACUGGGAUAGUGCACAUAUGCAACUAGUCUUAGAAAACACACCGUGGCCGAAAGAUGGUCACGUCCGCCGAGCUGGAGUGAGUGCGUUUGGUAUUGGAGGUACAAAUGCUCAUAUCAUUCUUCAAGAGCCUCCUGAUCUUACCCGAGUAACAAGAACCCGUAUUGAGGCAACAACCGGUGUCACGGAUGUCCCAUUCUUACUUUCCGGUGUUUCUCAGUCAGCCUUGCAAGCGCAGGCCGCCAAAUUGAGAAUGCACAUACAGAAUGGCAAUGAACAUCAUGAAAAUAUCAUGGACACAGCCUACUCUCUAGCAGUGUCUCGUACCCACUUCCACCUGCGCCAUAUUGUUAUGGCAAGUGAUGAAGCUCAGUUGAUACAGAAGCUGGAAUCAGUCAGCCUUAGCACUGAUAAGAUGCGAAAUGUCCAUAAGGAGUUUGGAAACUCCAGACUCGUUAUGCUGUUCUCUGGUCAAGGAAGUCAGAAACUAGGAAUGGGAAAAGAGCUAUACGAGGCCUUCCCGGCUUUCAGAGAUGCUUUCGAUGAGAUCACUGCCAAGUUUAAAGAGAUAGAGCCACCAUUGCCUGAAGUCAUGUGGGCGCACCCAGGGAGCCCAAAUGCUUUGCUACUACAUCGCACUGAUUUCGCUCAACCCGCUAUCUUCACUCUUCAAGUUGCUCUCUGGAGGCUAUGGCAGACGUGGAAUGUAAAGCCUGCUUUUGUACUAGGGCACAGUAUAGGAGAGUUCGCGGCGGCCUAUAUUACAGGAGUCUUCGACUUGGACAACGCCUGUCGACUAGUAAUGAUGCGUGGGCGCCUGAUGCAAGCUCUUCCAGUCGGCCUUGGAAAGAUGGCUGCAGUCGAAGCGACAAGCGACGAGAUGCAAAGGUUAAUCGGAGAUCGAGGACUCAAGGUGGAAGUUGCAGGCUACAACACUCCUAGUCAGAUUGUCAUAUCCGGAGACUGUGAGGACGUAGAUACGAUUACAGCUCACAUGGCAACCCUUGGUCGUAAAACAACAGCACUCGAAACAAGUCACGCGUUUCAUUCGGACCACGUCAACGAUAUGUUAGUGAGUUUCAAAGCUAGUUUAGGAACCAUCAGGUUCAGCACCGAUUCACUCAAGGUUCCGAUGAUCAGUAGCAUGACAGGGCGACUUGUUAUGCCCGGAGAAUUGUCAGGACCCGAGUACUGGAUGAUGCAAGUUCGGCAUCCUGUGAGAUUCAACGAAGCAAUUAAAACGAUGGCAAACAUAGGACCAAGUAUGUUCCUCGAAAUUGGGCCCAGUGCAGUGCUCUGCGGCCUUGGAGCAGAAUGCAUUCCGGAGAACUCUGUCGUCUGGCUACCGUCUAUAAAGCCACACAAGCAUGAAGUCUCUUCCAUUCAAGCUGCUUUAUGCGAACUACACUUGGGCGGUAUUCCAAUUGAAUGGAUCGAAUAUUUCAAGCCUUUCAAUUGUCGAAGGGUUAGACUUCCCACUUACGCCUUCCAAAGGCAGAAAGCCAAGCCUAAACGGAAAUAUGAGUGGGUCAGCGAAAACUCGGUGACAGCAGGUGUCGGCGACUCUGAACAGAACAUAGCGACAAUGAUGUUCGAAGUGGAGUGGCGAAUGCUUCUUGAACGCAAGGUACAUCCUUCGGGCUCGUGGGGUGUUGUCUGCCCAUCUGAGGAGACCGACUGGACGGAAUCAAUCAAAGUAGCUUUGUUGAACACAGCAGUUCAGCUUAUACCUAUUGCUUCAGUGCAGGAGGCUCCGCUGCUAGAUGGAAUUCUCGUCCUUUGGGAUUCGGAUUGUAGUGAUGUUGUUCAAACGGCACAUACCUUCGCUAUAAAGGCUUUGAAUUUGCUGCAGGAGGUUAUUGGUAGCAGGCUGGUUAUGCCUGUAGUAUUCGUUACUCGGCAUGCUAUCAGUGUUUCCGUCGUAGACCAACCUACGGUUAUAGGCGGGGGUACCCUGUGGGGCAUGGUUCGUACAGCAAGGAGUGAGAAUCCUGAUCUGCGGCUCCGUACGAUAGACAUGGACCAAAAAGCAAAUCUGCAAGCCUUCAGUAACGCUCUUAUGAUGCAUGACCAACCUGAAAUCGCUGUCCGCAGAGACCAACUAUUCACACCGCAUCUAGAGCGUAUGCGCACGGCUAUACCACAUAAGUUUCAGCAGCGACCAUUAGUUCGAUCUGAUGGAGUUGUAUUAGUGACAGGAGGUCUUGGUGAUCUGGGAAGCAAAGUAGCUCGUCGUAUAGUACUCUCCCACGGCAUCCGCGACCUGAUAUUGAUAUCACGCACCGGUAUGCGCUCUCCUGGUGCUGAUGCAAUAGUUCACGGCCUUGAAGCGCUUGGAGCCAAAGUCACCGUUCUUGCCAGCGAUAUUGGCAAAUAUGAUACUGUCAAUUGUCUUAUGCCGAUGUUCACUCCAGAGCGCCCACUUCGAGGCAUUGUUCAUGCCGCAGGAGUUGUUGAUUCCGGUAUCAUCUCUUCUCUGACAGCCCAGAAAUGUGUGACGACAUUCGUUCCGAAGGUAGACGGGCUUUGGAACUUACAUGUCUUGACUAAGAAUAUGCCCGAAUUAGAUUUUUUCAUGGUGUUCUCCUCCAUAUCCGGUGUACUGGGUCUUCCUGGACUUGGCAACUAUGCUGCUGCAAAUGCCUUUGCUGAUGGCCUAAUUUGUAUGAGACGCGCUGAAGGUCUACCAGCGACGUCAGUAGCUUACGGCCCAUGGACUGGAGAUGGGAUGGGUACUACACUCGUUUCAACAACCCGCGCUCAUCUCUCGCAGCUGGGACUGGGCUUUAUGGAGCAUCAGACUGGCCUAAGAAUCCUCGAGGAGUGCAUCCGCCAAGGGCGUCCCAAUACCAUUGGUGCGGUACUAGAUUUAGAGCAGCUCAAGAAGUAUCACGAAAGCCAGGAUCAGGGCAAUGUGCCGCCUCUCCUACGUUCAAUUACAGAUAAAAUCGAAGUAACUAAUCCAACCCAAGAUCGUCUCAAUUUACGCCAUUUGUUUGCCAACGCCUCCAACCAGGAGUCCGCCGCGAUAUUAUUGCGCAAGGUUCGGGCAACCGUAGCACUGGCUCUUGGUCAUGAUAACGCAGAGAGCGUUGACCCUGACCGGCCACUCCAAGAACUUGGCAUUGACUCCUUGACCGCAGUCCUGAUACGCAAUCAUUUAGCAACAUUAGUGGAUCUACCAUUGCCACCAAAUAUCGCCCUUCUUCACCCAAGUAUCAAGUCAUUAAACAUGUACCUCUUGUCACAAGUACUUGAGAGCAUCAAAAAUGACAGUUCGAUGACAAGAGACAAUCGCUCUGCGCCUACACCGGCUUCUGCUGCAUCCUCAUAUGCCUCUCAUUCGGCCCCACAGAAUGGAGUACUGGACCCGUGUCUUGCGUACGAGAACGUUGCAGCCAACAGGACAAAUUUGUCCAAAGGUCCUGAAGCGAUAUUCGUUACGGGGGCCACAGGCUUUGUGGGGGCAUUCAUGACAAAUCAGUUCUUGAGAAGAGGCUUGACUGUGUGUGCCCUUGUACGAGCUGGGAGUCACGAAGCAGCUUUGGAACGCAUGACGACAACCCUCAAGAAGUACGAACUAUGGCAGCCUGAGUAUGUGAAUCUGCUCAAGCCCGUUAUCGGGGAUCUAUCUUCACCUCUUUUGGGACUCUCGAAGGAAGAAUUUGACCGCUUAGCUGACCAAGUCGAUGCUAUUUUACAUGCCGGAGCUCUUGUGGACUGGAUGCGUCCAUUCUCUGAAUAUGUGGGCCCCAAUAUCCUCGGCACGCAUGAAGUUCUGCGACUCGCUGCUUCUGGCCGUGGCAAAGCCGUCCAUUUCAUCUCGACCAUUUCCACUUUACCUCUUCACGCAGGCUAUGGCCUUGAUGAAUACCGCGACCGAGAAUAUGGCUACGGGACAUCAAAAUACAUUGCGGAAAAGCUGGUUGUUGCUGCACGCUUCCGUGGAGCCAUGGCAACCACAUAUCGUCUACCACUCGUGUCAGCUACAGCGUGUACUGGUCAUUUUAGAAUGGAUCGUGGUGACUUCCUGCACAACUUGAUCUCUGGAUGUAUAGAGCUCGGGUCUUUUCCAUCUAUAGACGCUGAUCUGUCUAUCGUUUUGCCAGUCGACUAUCUAUGCGCUACUAUUGCCACCAUCAUGCUCGAAGAUAAGCAACGAAACGAAGAGUGUUACGAUUUCGAUAAUCCCGGAGCCCCCACAUUCGACGAAUUCUUCACGAAGUUAGCGAUAGCAAAUGAGUUCAAAAACAUCAAUCCUGUCUCGUUCUCCAAGUGGCUCGGACAAGUCAAUGCGCAUUCGAAGAAUUGUCCAGCUGGUCCGCUGGCUAGAAUUGCGAGUAUUCUGGAUGGUUAUACGGAUGACACUGCUGCUGAACUGUUGAGAGGGGCUCCUAGGGGCAGGCACAUUCUAGGAAAGGAUGAAUACAACCCUCCUCCAUUUGACAGAGAAUAUGUGCACAAGUACGUUGAACGCAUCAAAAUGACAAAG